AUGAUCAUGGACAUGCAGCUUGCCAUCUUCACCAACAUGCUGGGCAUGUUGCUUUUCUUGCUUGUGGUUCUCUAUCACUACGUGGCAGUCAACAAUCCCAAGAAGCAGGAAUGA